UGGAGUAACUGGUUAUUCUGUAGCCAGGUCUCCGUGCCGGACUCGUCCUCGGGAGCAGUGAUGAAGACGGAGCCGGUGCUGGCCCCCAGGACCCCCACAGCCCCCCCUGGCCCUGCCAGCCGCCCACCCUGGGCUGUGGACCCCACGUUCGCCGAGCGCUACGCGCCGGACAAGACAAGCACGGUGCUGAGCAAGCACAGCCAGCCGGCCACCCCGACGCCCAUGCAGAACCGCAGCUCCAUCGUGCAGGCGGCCCAGCAGGCGCCCGAGGGCCCCGGCCGCACGCCGGUCUGCUACGUGGCUCUGUCCUGCCGCAGGGGACGCUACCUGGUGGCCCUGGGACACUAUUACCACCCGGAGGAGUUCACCUGCUGCCAGUGCAGGAAGGUGCUGGAUGAGGGCGGCUUCUUUGAGGAAAAGGGCACCAUCUUCUGCCCCAAGUGCUACGACUCGCGCUACGCGCCCAGCUGUGCCAAGUGCAAGAAGAAGAUCACUGGGGAGGUCAUGCACGCACUGAAGAUGACCUGGCACGUGCAGUGCUUCACCUGCGCCGCCUGCAAAACGCCCAUCCGCAACCGCGCCUUCUACAUGGAGGAGGGACAGCCCUACUGCGAGAGAG